CUGCAGCUCACAUGUGUGGCGUUUCCCAAAGCCUCCUGGCCGCUGGGCAGGUGCCACGUUUGCUUUUGCACGACCUUAUAAAACAGAGGCUUGGAGGCUUUUCUGCUUCUCCCUGGGGGCUGAAAGCUGCGUGGCUCUGCCUCUCCCUCGUGCACCUUUCGCUAUGGCCGGCCUGAACGUUUCCAUCGCCUUUUUCUUCCUGGUGCUUGGCACGUGUGAGGUGUUCAGGCGGCUCUCCAAGAGGCUGCUGGCCCCGGGGCUGCUGGGGAGCCUGGCUGCAGAGCUGGCUGGCUCACUACAGCUGUGCUCGGGCUGCCUGGAGCUGAGGAUGCUGCUGGAGAUCGGCCCGUGGGGCGGCCUCGGCCCCGACGUGGUCCUGACUCUGCUCUUCCUCCUCUUUGCGGUUCACACCGCCGGCGCGAAUGGAGCAGCUGCCAACCCCACCAUCUCUCUCCAGGAGUUCCUUCUCUUCGAACACGGCUCCGUGGCUACUGUGGCCAAACUACUGGCCCAGUGUGCGGGUGCAGGGAUGGGCUGGGCCCUCACCAAGCUCUACUGGUCCUGGGAGCUGACGCAGCUCCACCUCUUCCAGAACAUCAUGGCUUCUGAGUGCAGCUCCUCCAUCCACACGUCCCCCCACCUCGGAGCUCUGGUGGAGGCCGCCUGCUCCUUCUUCUUCCACCUCGUCCUCCUCAGGACGCGCCGCAGCCCUGCCGUGUGCCGAGUGCCUGUCCUGGCAGCCACUGUCACCUUCCUGACCUACGUAGCCGCGCCGGCCACGGGAGCCUUCUUUAACCCUGCCCUGGCCACUGCCAGCACCUUCCUGUGCGCAGGGAGCAGCCUGCGGGACUACAUCCAGGUGUACUGGCUGGGGCCCCUCACAGGGAUGCUCGCCGCCCUCUUGCUCUACCAAGGCAACAUCCCAAGGUUCUUCCAAAAAAACCUGCUGUAUGGCCAGAAGAGCAAAUACAAGAUACCCAAGGCCAGGGUGACGCAUGCAGAAGAUGGAGAGCAGCGGCAGAUGGGGAAAGGAAAGAAGAGCAACCCAACGCCUCGUGCCUGA